AUGGAACAAGGAAGGUUUCUGGACGGGGAACACUUAGAGAAAUUUAAUAUAAAAUUGAAAUCGAAGCCAAAAGAUGGGGUUAUUCUUCAACUUCAUCACACAGUGCGAGGAUCGAAGGGGGAGAACCACAGAAUUCGGUUCUCAUCAGGCACAUUCAACGACGUGCACGAGAAGUUGGCGUGCGCUGAUAACUUAGGUAAUAUCUUCAUCUUGGACUUCGCCGACCUUAAAUUCUGGAAACUGAACAGCAUUGGUGCCUGCACAGCCAUACAUUUCGUUCCAAACAAGGAAGACUGCUUAAUAGUUGCAAAUGCGGAAAAAUAUCACAUCGUCUUCAUAGAUAUUGAGACUGGUAAAAUAACGUUGACUUUGGAAGGCCAUACGGCACCCAUUAAACACAUAUCUUUUUCCAAUAAUAAGGCCAACAAUCUUCUGACGGCUAGCCCAGUAGAAGCUAUACUAUGGGAGCUGCGAAAUUAUUCAAAAUACUUCACAUUGAAUACAUAUCUAGGGGCACAAAUACAACAGAUCCUUUUCACUCCGGGCGGCGAUUACCUAGUAGCUUGCUUUCAAAACGAUACUAUACAGAUAUGGAAGAAUGAGACUAUGAAAUCAGUGAAGCAGAUUAUACCCAGUGACUUGAAGCAUAUGAAAAACAUUGCUUUCACCAUGAACGGGCGCGCGAUGGCUAUGGCGGGCCUCGCGCCCACGCUGAUAUUGUUCAGUAUGGACACAUGGAAGGCAUUGAAGUCUAUCGAUUUGUCCAAGUACGGCAUAAAUGGGGCGCAACAGAUAGCGUUCAUACCGCAAGUGUUUGACGGGGGAGCUAAUAAAAUACUUGCGAUUCUCAGCAGUGAUUGUACUCUACGUUUACUGGAUGUUGAAAAUCUGGUCGUUGUGCAUACCAUAAAUCCGUCGUCGUCAGCCAUUAAAAGAUUUGUUGUGAGUCCAACUGGUAAAUACUUUUUGUGUAUCUUGCAAUUAGGUGAAGUGAAUGUUUACAACUCGUCAUAUGUAAUGGAAAUGGCACACUGUUCCACUACAGAAAUAAAGAAAGACAGUCCAAGUACUUCAGUGCAGAAGUACGUGCUCGAAGAAGAUACUCCUUCGAAGGACGAAGUAGAACAUAAAAUGAGGGUAUGCAUGGAUAGUGCUAGACUGAGACGAAUACUGAUGCAGUAUGGUGAAUAUCCCGAGAAAUUCAGAUCAGUAAUUUGGAAAUCUCUUCUUAAUACACCUAGGAACAAGCACGCCUAUGCUUCGUUGAUCGACAAAGGGAUUCACCCUGCCUUUAAGGACAUCGAGAGGCAGUUCACAAUCCACAGUUCUGCAACGUUGAAAAACUUGAAAAGACUGUUGUCGUGUCUCGCUCAUUGGUGUCCGUUGUUUGGCGUUAUGAAAUUCCUCCCUGGGUUUGUCUUCCCGUUCGUGAAAGUCAUUCAGAAAGACCCCUUGUUACUGUUUGAAUGUGUCGCUACGGUCUUAAUCAAUUACUGUCAAUUGUGGUUUGAAUAUGCCCCUUUUCCUCCAAUCAGUAUACUGGCUAUGGUCGAAAAUAUCCUGGGAGAGCACGAUCCGCAAUUAUUGAAUCAUUUCUGCGAAUUCGGAGUGACGAGUCAGGUGUACGCGCUGAAGAUAUUGGAGACCGCUUUCAGCGAAGUUCUGACCUGUUCAGAGUGGUUGAUCCUUUGGGAUCACAUCCUCAGCAAUGAACCAGCCUUCAUCCUAAUGGCUGUAGUCGCAUACAGUAUCGUACAAAAGAAUGCAAUAAAAAAACUGAAAACACAAGAACAAUUUGAUAAUUUCUAUCAUAUGCAGAAUCCUAUAGAUAAAAAACUUCUCUUGAAAAAAACGUAUAUUCUAUUGAACGAAACAUCAGAAGACAUUCAUCCUAAAAAGUUUUUCAAUCACUUCACGUCAUUAGAGAAAGGAGAUUGUUAUCAGCAGUUCACGGGCUACCCGAAAGCGACUAUUUGUAUGAAAAUGGCUAAGAAAAGGAGGCGUAAGUUGGUACCGCGUAACGACUGCUCUCUUAGGAACCUCACGGUGAAGAGUCAGGAGAAAAUUAUAAACGAGACACUGCACAGUAACGAAAGGAUAGCACCGAAGGGAUUUAACAGUGAUGAUAGCAGUACAGACGACUCCGGUGAGAAGCAUAACGACAAACGAAGGCAUAAUCUUCAGGUCAUCAGGAAAAACCACACGGAAACAAUAUUCCCAGUGUCAGUACACAAAAAUAGGCACCAGAAAUCGUCGAAAGAAAGCGAGCAGACGCACAAGCAUUCGCGAACAAAAACAAAGAAAUGGAUUGAUAAAAAGAGUAGGAUUUUAGAAAAAGAAGUGGAGAAAUUACUUGAGGCUUACACGAAUUCUGAACAGUCUGAUAAUUAA